GGCUGCUGCUCCCACUCUUAAGUCCUAUUGUUGCGUGACUGUGUGGAGGGGACAGCCUCCGCUGCGCAGUAGACCCACUGGACUGUCAGCCUCUGCCACUGCCGCCCAGAGAGACACGGCAGGUGAGGAGAACCACCGACGACAAGAUGGGAAACUCAAAUGGAAACACUGUGGACGACCUGCAAGCGGUGGAGAUGCACCUCUGGUACAAGAAGUUCAUGACAGAGUGCCCGUCGGGUCAGCUCACCCUGCACGAGUUCAAGCAAUUCUUUGGGCUGCGAGGGCUGGAUUCAGAGGCCAACGCUUACAUCGAGCAGAUGUUCCGUACCUUCGACAUGAACAAGGACGGCUACAUCGACUUCAUGGAGUAUGUGGCCGCCCUCAGCCUGGUCAUGCGAGGGAAGAUGGAGCACAAGCUGCGCUGGUACUUCAAACUCUACGACGUGGACGGAAACGGCUGCAUCGACCGUCACGAGCUGCUCAACAUCAUCAAGGCCAUUCGAGCCAUCAACGGCAACGACGAGCAGGACACGACGGCUGAAGACUUCACCAACCGUGUCUUUGACAGGAUCGACAUCAAUGGAGACGGUGAACUCUCCCUGGAAGAGUUUGUGGCCGGCGCUCGGACCGACUCGGAUUUCAUGGAGGUGAUGAUGAAAAGCUUGGAUCUGUCUCACAUCGUGGCCAUGAUUCACAACCGACGGCGCAGCGUCUAGGAGCCCGGAUCCCAGCGAGCACUUGCCCGAGAUGCAAACCGAUUAUACGCUCUGUGCUGAGUCAGCAAACCUUGUCAGCCCGUCCUGGCUUGGCCACCUUGACCUCUCAGACGCCGACUCCUCCUGAGGGAUCAUCUCUCUGUCCGACGCUCCAAGACGACGCCCUGAGGACCAGUAGCAGGCUAGCGCUGUGCCAACGUCUCCGUCCAGAUCAGCUCCCACUGCAGAGGGAUCCUUGACAGACUGGUCCCACUGAACUGCACUGGUGGAUCUCAAAGCUCUGAAUGACAUCGGCAAUAAUGAACCGAGGAAAUCUAAACCAACUGUAAUAAAAUGCUUCACAUUACUUCACAAACACAAGUUAAAAACUAGAACCAUUCACAGUAUUAAUGGGACUAAAGUACAUGAAGAUCCACUACAUAACUCGGGUAUGUAGCUUCUCAUUUGGGUUUGUAGUUCGUGUGUUCCAUGGUAAAGAGACUGAAUGGACCCCCUGAUCUUUACAAGUCAAACAGGAAAGAUGAGAAGCCACUUACGGAGAUAAUCACAGGACAAUGAUGGAAAAGAAGUGUAGCAACCCGUGGUCCAGCUCCUCCUCACAGCGCCAAGGUUUCCUCUCUACAGUAGAACAAAACUCACGAUCAAACAGGAACUCAUCCCCAGACCAGACACCACGAAGGACCCUGCACCGGAGGCUUCAUCUGCUCAGCCACAGUGAUGGUGACGUCGAGUUUCCAUCGCACCUCAAGAAGGCAGAAAACCGAACACGCUUCAUGUAAAUACAAGUUCAAACACAGUGAGGUAUAAAUGGAACUAAUCCAUACUAAAGUCUAUACUGGGGAAGGGCAGGGGAAAGAACAGAAACUCACCACGCACUGUCCGCUUCCGGAGACCCUGGAAAGGAAAGCAACCAGAGUGAAGGCAGUGGGCAGACUCAGAGGACAGACCAGCAUCAGUGUCCCCUGAGAGACGUGGUCAGCUAGGACCAAGCAUUAUAACAGCAUUAUAGUGGUGCUCUCUCGUCUGCGAGGUCACAGGUCAAACCUUCAACAUUUCACUCACUUGUAAGGACGAAUCUGUUGCCUGUUAACCACAGAGAUGUACAAGCCAAGUGUGUUGAACUGGUGCCUUCGACUGAAUGAUGAUUCUCUGCUUUGCUUAUUUGUAAUAAAGAACAAUCCUACAGUGA